UUUAAGUUCGGGCUGAAGAAGUUGCAUUACUACCAUGUAAUGAUAUGGUUCUUAACUUAACCGGUGAAGUUAGCUAACGUUAGCAGGUAUUAAAACACCCCCGUCCUGCCUAGCUAGUAAAUAGUCAUUAAUGGGGGAUCCUACAGCAUGAGUUUUAUUCCACAAUGUGUUUUGGUUUUUAUACCGUUUUUCUUGCAUGCACGAAUGAGGAACUUACAACUUGGAAGUCACAUAUGAGCUAGCUUUCAACUGCUCUUACAUUGGAAUAACAAUAAAAGCUAACUGUUAGCUAACUAUGCAGUUGGUCAUGUAAACGCGAGUCAGAUUUUAUUUGGUACUCCUACCGACAUCAUGAGUUCGCGGGUGUGCAAGACUUGUGGGUGCUCGGACAUCGAUGUUGACCAAGCCCGCGGCAGCGCUGUGUGCAUGAGCUGCGGCUCUGUGCUGGAGGACAACAUCAUCGUGUCUGAGGUCCAGUUCGUGGAAAACAGCGGUGGCGGUUCGUCAGCUGUCGGGCAGUUCGUCUCAGCUGAUGGCCCAGCGAAGGCCCCUGUCCUUGGGAGUGGCUUCCAUACCAGUCUGGGAAAGGAGUCCCGCGCUCAGACGCUGCAGAAUGGGAAACGGCAGAUCCACAACCUGGGCAGCCAGCUGCAGCUGAACCAGCACUGCCUGGACACGGCAUUCAACUUCUUCAAGAUGGUGGUCAGCAAGCACUUGACGCGUGGACGCAAAAUGACCCACGUAAUCGCCGCCUGCCUGUACCUGGUGUGCCGCACGGAGGGCACCCCCCACAUGCUCCUGGACCUGAGUGACCUCCUCCAGGUGAAUGUGUAUAUCUUGGGGAAGACCUUCCUGCUGUUGGCAAGAGAGCUGUGCAUCAACGCUCCUGCUGUUGACCCUUGUCUGUAUAUCCCCCGCUUCGCCCACAUGCUGGAGUUCAGAGAGAAGACACACGAGGUUUCCAUGACAGCGCUGCGGUUACUUCAGAGAAUGAAGCGGGAUUGGAUGCACACAGGACGCAGGCCGUCUGGGUUGUGUGGUGCAGCCCUGCUGGUUGCCGCUCGCAUGCAUGAUUUCCGGCGCACGGUGAAAGAGGUCAUCUCCGUGGUGAAGGUGUGCGAGGCCACGCUGAGGAAGAGACUGACGGAGUUUGAGGACACCCCCACUAGUCAGCUGACCAUCGAUGAGUUCAUGCGGGUGGAUUUGGAGCAAGAGUGUGACCCCCCGUCCUUCACAGCUGGCCAGAGGAAGACCCGACUGCAGCAGCUCGAGCAUGAGCUGGCUCAGAAACUCGACGAAUAUCAAGGGGAGAUCAGCUCGUACCGCGAUGAGAUUGAGACGGAGCUGGAGAACAGCAGGCCCAAGCCUCGAGGGAUUUAUGCCGCAUACGCCAAGCAAGCUACUCCAAGUGCAGAGCCGGAGAGCGACCGUCUCUCUUUAUCCCUGAGCUUGGUGGGAGGCGAGGAGGAGGAGGAGGACGAGGAGCUGGAGGCCGCCGCGGAGCACCUGGGCCAGGAGAUCAUCAGCCAGGUGCUGCCGGAGCUGAAGGGGGGCUCCCGGGGUGCCAGUCCGCAGGGGCAGGAAGAGGAUGGGGGCGGUGGGGGUGGAGGAAGCAUGGGAGGAGGUGGUGGAGGUGGAGAAGCCCCCAGGAGGAUAAACCUGCCCCUCAUGUCUUUCCUCGGGCCACUGCCCUCGGCCGCCAGCCUGGGCCUCAAGGACUCCAUCAGGGAGUGCAUCACCAAUGCGGAGCAAGAUGAGAAGUCGGAGAGUGGAGAACUUGACCUGGAUGGCAUCGAUGAGGAGGAGAUUGAGAAGUACAUCCUGAGCGAGAGGGAAGUGACGGUGAAAACGGAGCUGUGGAUGAAACAGAACGAGGAAUACCUGCAAGAGCAGAAAGAAAAAGAGGAAAGAAUCGCCAAGGAGAAAGAACUGGGAAUUUAUAAAGAGAAACCCAAGAAAUCGUCCAAGAAACGCGAGCCAAUCCGGGCCAACACGGCCGAGGAGGCCAUCGAGAAGAUGCUGGAGAGGAAGAAGAUCUCCAGCAAGAUCAACUACGACGUCCUGCGCGACCUCAACAGCAAGGGCAGCUGCGGCAGCAGCCCUUCCCACGCUUCCGAGGACGCCGCCUCCACCACCGGCCCCGGGCGCAAGAGGCUGACGCGACGCAAGAAGCAGCCCAGCAAGAGCAACCUCGGCCUGGCCAAACCCGCCAGCCUCAUGGGCAAAAGACUCCGGCCGCUAAUCGCCUCAUCGUCCAAAAAGAAGCGAACUCUUGAGACGGUCACCAGUCCUCUGCCAUCACCACCGGCGGCCACCUUGCAGGAGACGCACAUUCCGACCCUGCCCUCACCCCCGCAGGUCCUGGAGAGCGGACCCGUGGCGCCCGAUGAGCCGGACGAGGAAGAGGAGGAUGAGGAGGAAGCAGAGGAGCCCUGCGUGAGCGCAAUCCAGCUGAUGGGAGGGGGCGAGUAUGGCUGUGAUGCUGAAGAAGAGGAGGUCUUUUAGCCUCUGUUUUCAUAUUAUACUUUAAUGACAUAAGCUUUUUCUUUAAAAAAAAAAAAAAAACUGUUGCAGUUGUCCUACUGCUAUUAGUUGAGCCUUGUGCUCCACCUCUCUCACUGUACGGCAAAGACAGGGCAUAUGUCCAGACCACUGUCCAUGCCUUUUCUUUCAUGAGAUGGCUCCAUCUACAAAACCUAGUCCACCACAACAGUGAGCAAAAGCAUGGCCAGCUGUGAAGCUAGAUUAGUGGUUGACCUUUCUAAAAGUUAAAAGGUUAGCAGCUUCAAUCAGAUUUGUCGAGAUGAGGGGAAAAGGGCAGUGAGGUACAUAUAGAGUUGUUGAAUUCAAUGAAACAGUGGAAAGAAUCUCCAAUCAGGUUUAGUCCAAGUGCAGGGUGCAGAUAGGCUAGCAAUGUAUUCACAUUUGUUUGAGUUUGUAUGUGACUGAUUCUAGCUUAGCUUAGCUUAGCAACUACCUCCCAGUGUAGGAGGCUGAGAAGACAGUUGCUGAGAAAGCUUCAUUCAUAAAACCUAGCACACCAUAGCAAAGAUAGCCCUGUCCACAGAACUCCACUGUAGUGCCACCUGACACAUCCUGUUCUCUCACUUAACUUCCCGAUUAUCCCGAUUAGCAGCUACCUUCGCCUAACCAAACACACAAACACAUGAACUCCGUCCAACUGGGUCUGCAGAUGGUGGACCAUCACAGACACGAUCAAUCAAUCUAUGAAGACAGCUGAUCACAGUCACAGUUUCCCACAGUUACAGUCAUCUAAGGGAAACUGGGAGAAGGAUACGCUGUUUAGUCCCAGUGUAAAACUAAAGAUUGUUAUUACUGUGAAACUAAUGCAAGCAGAAGGCCUUGAUCCCUAUGGAAAAAGUGCAGGCACUUAAGGCUGGCCUGCAUGCAGUGCAUUUCUGUAAUUCUUCACCACAGAUUCAGGAUUGUUGAAACCAUGAGCUGAUUUAUUUUAUCUUUUAUCUCCUUUUUACUUUUUUACCCUGUAAAUAUUUUGUAGACAAUGGCGCUGUACUUAAAACAAAAUAUGAAUGUGUUUACCAGCUGUAAAUAUCACAGAAUGUUAAUGAAGUUGUGUUUAAAACAGCAUAGAUCUUGUAAUAAGGCUAAUCACACUCAUUCCACAAAAAAGAGAAAUAUUUGUACUUUUUAUUUAUGAGUUUGUGUCAUAUUUUAGUAUUAUUGUUUGUAUGUUUUCUACUGAACAAUUUAAUGUUUUGUAGCUAUGUAAUAAAGAAACCAAUGGAUGAAUUGUGUGGUUAGGAGGACCACUGCACUGGUCACCAUCCUGAACACGAGGCAUUCCACACGUGUAAAUAAACGGGCUUUUCUAAA